AUGAUGAGCUGGGCGAAACAAAAGCUGGCUGAUGUCGCCGGCACCCGUGAACCAAUAUACGGCCCGGAGGCCAUUCAGUCUGUUGCGAAGCAGACAGAAUCUACCCCAUAUACCGAGCUUACCAGAAAGGACUUCACAUGGUCUCAUUUGAACACGACAUGCGUGGAGACCGAGGUUUUCUACUUGAUGUCAGAGGGCGGGCAAAUUGCUUUUGUGCAGGUCAUCUACAGCAAUGUUGCCGGUCUGCGGACAACGUCCCAGUUCAACUGCAAAAUCUACUACCCAAAGAGCGCCAAUAAGCCCAGUCUCUGGUCCUCGGAUCAGCUCUCAAAUGUCGACUUCAGCGACGACGAAAACAGCUUCUAUGCCGACAAUCUCGCCGUAGAACUUUCGGAGGAUGGCAAUACAUACACGAUCAAAUCUCUGACCAACCAAGCCUCCGUAGUCAACCUCUCGGUCACCAGAACCGCACCAGCUUUCCACGUUGGAAAGGACGGCAAUUCGACUUUCGGCACAGAUCCAAACGCACCAUGGGGCACUAUGAGACAUGCUUUCUGGCCUCGAGCUACCAGCUCAGGAACAAUCACAACGGCAGAUGGAGCGAUUGAUUUUAAGGGGAAAGCCUGCUUCAUCCACUGUCUACAAGGCAUGAAACCACAUCAUGCUGCUGCAAAAUGGAAGUUCUGCAAUUUUCAGAGUGAGAAUUACUCUGCCAUCGCGAUGGAAUACAUCACUCCCCCAUCUUAUGGAUCUACAACUGUUACUGUUGGUGGAAUCAUAAAGGGUAAUGAGAUCGUCUGGGCUGGAUCGGAUUGCAAAACGACCUGGAGCAAGGUCAAGGAUGAUGCCGAAGUUGGAUGGCAACCACCUGAGGCUGUCAAGUUUGAGUGGAAUGGAAAGACCAAGGAUGGAAAGGCUGUGACUGGUUUGAUCGAUGGGCCACUUGAUGAGCAUUAUGACAGAGUCGACAUUAUGGCCGAAGUUCCCGGCUUCAUCAAGCAGAUUGUAGCUGGAGCAGCCGGGACCAAGCCAUACAUCUACCAGUAUCCCAAGACUACCAUUUCGCUGAAGGUGAAAAUUGGUGAUGAAGAAGUGGUUGAAGAGGGAAUUCUGUACGCAGAGGCAACCUUCAUAUCGGAAUGA